UUGCUUGGCGCCGUGACCCAUGUGAGAGACACCUCCUGCAAGAAUUAUUCUCCCCUGCAGAGGAAAAGGCUAUGGAGCGCUGAACGUUUUCACUGUUAUUCCCCUUUCCCCCCAAGCCCGGUAUUUGUUGUGAUUAGAUUUCUGUAACCUUUUUGGUGGCUAUAGGGCGGUGGAACGAUGUGGAUUCAAAUUCGGACCAUAGACGGAAAGGAGACACGAACCAUUGAGGAUCUUUCCAGGCUGACCAAAAUUGAGUCUCUGAGGCUGAAAAUCCAAGAGAUCUUCAAUGUAAACCCCGGACAACAACGGUUAUUCUAUCGGGGCAAACAGAUGGAAGAUGGCCAUACACUGUAUGACUACAACGUGGGUCUGAACGACAUCGUCCAGCUGCUCAUUCGUUCCCAAGCGGGGGACGCUCCAGACAGUCCCCUCAUCCCUCCCUCCGUCAUCUCCCCUGUCGUCAGCCCCAAGGAGUGUGACACAAUGCCCAUGUCCUGCAGUACAGCUCUGCCACCCAACACCACAACUGGUGCAACUACCACCCCCCCCCACUCUAAGCUUACCACCGUGGCCCCAACACCUACCCCCAAACCCACCACAGUCAACAACAACACAACCACCACUGGCAACACCAGAACUACCACCAACACCAGUACAACUGCCAGUAAGAAAAUGAGUAACACCAGUAAACCCAAUAACAACGGAGACAAGUCUUCUUCUGGUCCACCUGCACCGCUGGAGAAGCUCGACAACCAGCCUUCAACCUCUACACGUCCCUUCCUCAUAGAUGCGGGCAUUGGGGUGUUCAAGAUAAACGAGUUGGUGGACUGCAGAGACAUAAGCAUCGGUGCCUGGUUUGAAGCCAGCAUUGACAACGUGUUACGCACCCCAAAGGGACAGAACAGCACCAGUAAAGCAGCUCCUACAGCAGGGAAAGUUGGCAGGCCUAGCAAAAGGACUAACGGCAAGCUGGAGACAGAGCCAGGCCAAGGCCAAAGCCACCUCUCCUCCUCAGACAAUAAUAAUAAUAAUAAUAAUGGGAAUAAUUCUUCUUCUGCAUUGAACUCUGACAGUAGUGGGUCAGGGGCUGGGCCCUCCACCUCUCAAACAGACUAUACCGUCACAGACAAAGAGAAGGAGGAUGUGACGUAUCAUAUCAGAUAUGAUGAUUACCCUGAGAACGGCGUGGUGGAGAUGUGUGGCGGUAACGUGCGGCCGCGGGCUCGGACCCUACUCAGGUGGGACCAGCUCACGGUAGGCCUGGUUGUCAUGGUGAACUACAACAUAGAGAUCCCUGAGGAGAGGGGCUUCUGGUUCGACGCUGAGAUUACAGCACUCAAUGAGAUCUCCAGGACCAACAAGGAGGUCCGCAUCAAGAUCCUGCUGGGAGGGCCAGGGGACGUCAUCCCAGACUGUAAGCUGUUGUUUCUGGAUGAGAUCUAUCAGAUUGAGAAGAUUGGAGCACACUCGCUGUCUGCUGUAGAUGGACAGUUCAAACGGAAGAGCGGGCCGGAGUGUAAGCACUGCAAGGCGGACCCCGAGUCGGAGUGCAGGUUCUGCUCGUGCUGUGUGUGCGGAGGGAAGCAGGACGCCCAUAUGCAGCUGCUGUGUGAUGAGUGUAACAUGGCCUUCCAUAUAUACUGUCUCAACCCACCACUAGCCACCAUACCUGACGACGAGGACUGGUACUGUCCCACCUGUAAGAACGACACCAGUGAGGUGGUUAAGGCCGGGGAGAAGCUGAAGGCCAGUAAGAAGAAAGCCAAGAUGCCCUCGGCCCAUACAGAGAGCCAGAGGGACUGGGGCAAGGGUAUGGCCUGUGUGGGGCGCACUAAGGAAUGUACCAUCGUCCCCUCCAACCAUUACGGGCCUGUACCUGGGGUUCCCGUGGGAACAACAUGGAAGUUCCGCGUUCAGGUGAGCGAGGCGGGAGUGCACAGGCCCCACGUGGGAGGUAUCCACGGCCGCAGUAACGACGGCUCCUAUUCGCUGGUGCUGGCUGGGGGCUUCGAAGAUGAAGUGGACAGGGGAGAUGAGUUCACCUACACAGGCAGUGGAGGUCGCGACCUUUCAGGGAACAAGCGCAUCGGGGAGCAUUCCUUUGACCAGACCCUGACCCACUAUAACAGGGCCCUGGCGCUGAACUGCGACGCCCCCAUCAACGACAAGGACGGGGCGGAAUCCAGGAACUGGCGUGCGGGGAAGCCGGUGAGGGUGGUGCGGAGCUCCAAAGGCCGACGCAUCAGCAAGUACGCUCCGGAGGAGGGCAACCGCUACGAUGGCAUCUACAAGGUGGUGAAGUACUGGCCAGAGAAAGGGAAGUGUGGUUUCCUGGUGUGGAGGUACCUGCUGCGGAGGGAUGAUCUGGAGCCCGCUCCCUGGACACCUGAGGGCCUGGAGCGCAUCCAGACACUGGGCCUGGCUGUGCAGUAUCCUCCAGGCUACGUGGAGGCCAUGGCCAACAAGACCAAGAAGGAGGCUAACGCCCGGCCAGGGUCCACCAGGAGCAAGAAGCACCAUGGACGAGGCCGGCCGCGGCUACAACCCCUGGAGAAGAAGGUGAAGAAGGGGGAGGAGGAGGAAGAGAUGCCCAUGGAGGUUACAGACCAGCCACAGAGCAACGGUAGUCAGAACACUCCCAAGGACAAGGAGACAGAGGUGUGUAAGGAGUCGGCGGAGCCCCGAGCCAAGCGUCAGAAGAUGGAGGAGUCGUUCCAGCUGACAGAGCAGCAGCAAAGCCUCAUAAAGGAAGACCAACCCAACAGAAAGAACUGGGACGAGGCCAUGGGACACCUCAAGGAGGGGCCGAACUUCCUGAGGAAGGUGGAACAGACGUUCAUGUGUGUCUGCUGCCAGGAGCUGGCCUACCAGCCCAUCACCACCGUCUGUACACACAAUGUGUGCAAGACCUGUCUCCAGCGGUCAUUCCGUGCUGAGGUGUACACCUGCCCUGCCUGUCGCCACGACCUGGGGAAGGACUACGUCAUGGUCCUAAACAAGACUCUACAGCUGCUGCUGGACCAGUUCUUCCCUGGCUACAGCAAGGGCCGAUGAGGACAGACACCUGCACUCACACAAGCAGUUACACACAGACCCAUGAUGCA